UGAGCGAAAAUCGUCAAACAAAUUGUUUCUCCUUUUUGAAGGAUCUGCUAACCCGAGCAGGAUUAGUGAUAAAAAGUGAAGUACAGGAGACCCGGUCCAUGCUUCGUGAUAGCCGUGAAACUGCCAGUGGCAUGCCUAAGUAUAGUUCUUAUGUGAUCGACAAUAACAGGAUCAGGAGUAGCAGCACGGCCAGCCGGCUCGGCUUCGGGGAGCCUGUGUCUAAGCACUAUGGUAGUUGUAGUACUGCGAGUAGACUAGGGAAGAACCCUGAUGAGCUGGUGUCGUGGAGUAGUAGUGAGUCCUUGAGAAGCCGACGGCCUAUCAUAGCCACCAAAGUGGGCAUCAUCUGCGACGACGUCGUUGCUUGUGGCCCUCUCAUUGACAGUGUGUGUCUCGGUUGCAAAGUCAGCAGUAUGUUCGACGACACGGUCGUGUUAUGCUCGCCUCCCGCCUUAUCGUCAAGCUCAUCAUGGGGCUCGUUCGUUGGUGAUAACGGUGAUGAUAAUGCGCCAUUGGACGAGGCUCAACUUCCGUGUACAGUGGUUGACUUGACCACUGUGGCAAAGAGGGCCGAUAUAUUGAUACUCGCUGUGUCAUCCCGUCUAUGUGAACAUGUGUUGGUGGCGUUGGUCGGCAAGAUCGAACAAGCUUCUGAGAAACCUCCAUCAUUAUGCCUGUAUCUCCGACCUGGCCAGUAUAUUCCCAUUGAUGAGGAUGGCUUCGUAUCGCUCUCUGACAUGGCUAUGACCACCCUCAGGCCUAGUGGCCUCGUCAAUGCCUCUGUCAUGUUCAACCUUGGUACAAAGAAGCCCCGAUUUGUCAUUGGAUCUCAUGACUUCUCACAAGGGGAGCUGUUGGCAGCAUUGGUCGAGUCUGCUGAUGCUGCAGUUGAUGCAUGGGUUAUCGAACAGCCUAAUGCUGUUGAGGCGAUAUUCUCCCUGGGUCCUCUUAUAAGAGCAGCGAUCGGCUCGGACAUGGGCGGCGACUCGAACGAGUCAGCCGUGAUACGCGAAGUACAGGCCUUAUUGGGUCGAUACAUGCGAUACAAUAAGGAGCCCUCAUGCUGUCGGCUCAUACCACAAAUUGUACACUACUUGGCUGCAGAGCCUAUAGGACAAGGCAUUUAUGACUUAUCAGCGAUUUGUCUAAGUCGGGACUUCCUGAGGUUUGUACGAUGCAGGGAUCUCGCUGACAAGGUCCCUCGGCUGAGUCGUGUUGCUGCCGAUAUGCUGGAUGAUAACUAUGAAGUAGCCCUUAAGGUUGGUCGUGGUGACCUGAGCCCUCCGGCUCAAGCUCGUUCUGGCGAUCUCAACGAGGCAGUUAGACGCCGAUUUGCUACCCCAGCUAUUUGACUCAGCGCCUCCUCCUCGUUAUAAAACGCGCUGUUUUUGCUUGUGACUUGUCGGGAUCAGCGUAGUUUGUAGAUGUCCUGUGUGGUAGUACUUCCUACUCUGGUGCUUACUUUCUGUAUCUCCAUGAUUUAGCAUUUGGCUCUUCUCGCAGUACUACAGGCUUUUGACCUCAUUAACGCCGCGGCUAUUACUGCUCUACGUAUGCCUACGCUGGGGUGAAGAAACCUCUUCCAUGUAGUGUAGCGUCAUCACUCAUUUACCUCUCUUGUGGCUGUGCUGUUCGAUCUGUGAGGCUAUAAGAUUGUUAUCGAACUUGCAACAGUUACGGUAUGGCGAUGGUCAUAUUAAUUUUAUUUUAAGUGUCGUGGUGCGGCGUGUAGCGGAAGCACAGGAUUCAUUAGCUUACCUCCUAGGGUCUUUAGAAGGAGGAUUUUCUCUACCCCAUUCUGCCACCUGGGCACCUUGGUCUGUGAACCGUUUGCGCUGUGGCCACUCAUCAUCAUUACUAGAAUACUUACUACCACUAGUUCAUUAUAAAAUUACCCACGUAGUAGCAUUCGGAGUGUUUGCUACUAUCACUGUUGCUACAGCUGUCCUUCAUUUUCCUGCUAGUGUGAGUACAGGGAUGAAGUACGAGUUAUUACUAGGGUGUCCAUAAAGAACUGCUUUUCUCG